CCCGCCAAGGACCCAAAAAGGGCCGGCAACGGGUGGACGCAGCGCGCACGCAAAAAGUAACCUUUUUGAAGAGGACAUGUGAUUGGACGUUGUCUAAUUGUUGAAGUGUUGGGAGCAACGUUUCUAAAGUUUUAGAAAAACAACCAACGACUUAUACUCUCUCCCUCAAGGUGAACCACUGAGUUCUUCAUUAUGUCUGAUGGAGACUAUGAUUACCUCAUCAAGUUUUUAGCUUUGGGAGACUCUGGAGUAGGGAAGACCAGUGUACUUUACCAGUACACAGAUGGUAAAUUUAACUCCAAAUUUAUCACGACAGUGGGCAUUGAUUUCAGGGAAAAGAGAGUGGUGUACAGAGCCAAUGGACCAGAUGGAACCAUUGGCAGAGGUCAGAGAAUCCACCUGCAAUUAUGGGACACAGCAGGGCAGGAGAGGUUUCGUAGCUUGACAACAGCAUUCUUCAGAGAUGCUAUGGGGUUUCUUCUGCUUUUUGAUCUGACAAAUGAGCAAAGUUUCCUCAAUGUCAGAAACUGGAUAAGCCAGCUACAAAUGCAUGCGUAUUGUGAAAACCCAGAUAUAGUGUUAUGUGGAAAUAAGAGUGAUUUGGAAGACCAGAGAGUAGUAAAAGAGGAGGAAGCAAGAGGACUUGCAGAGAAAUAUGGAAUCCCCUACUUUGAAACUAGCGCUGCCAAUGGGACAAACAUAAGCGAAGCAAUCGAGAUGCUCCUGGACCUGAUAAUGAAGCGAAUGGAACGGUGUGUAGACAAAUCCUGGAUUCCUGAAGGAGUGGUCCGAUCCAAUGGUCACACCUCCACAGAUCACUUGAAUGAAGAAAAGGAGAAGGGGAUCUGUGGCUGUUGAAGAGUCCAGUGAGCUAUACAAUAACUCAAAUGGUCCGUGUCUGUGAUCUUUUCUAUGGGUGAUAUAUGUGGCACAGAGAGAGAUGAGCAGGCAUUAUGUACAAACUGCUUCUACCGUCCCACUUAGACCUCUCCAGUUUUAAAAUUCAUUUGCUGCAGCUUUUAAAUAUUUAAGAUUCAGCCCGAGAGUUAUGAGAAAUAUUUCACAUAGCCAAAAGUGCCUUAUAAGACCUUAACCCAUGGCAGGAGAUGGUUCAGAAUUGAGGAUUUUGUAGCCACAGAAGAGUGCAUUUAUUAUGUAGAAUGACUAAAGAUACCAUCACCUGCCUUAACAUACAUUAGUCCAGAGUCUAACACUCAAAAUAUUAGAUACAAUUAUAAAACUACCCAUCAGUCUUUAAUCCAAAUUAAAAAACCCACUUGUACUGUGGGUGACCUUGUAAAAUGCCAUCUAAACCACUUGAAUGUUAAAUAAGAAUAUACAC